CAUGCGUUACGUGGCAUGAGUCUCCUUGGAUGAGCACGUUGCUGAGACACAGCGCUGCGAGACAGAGGAUGCAGCUGGGAGCAUGAGUCCUGACGGAGAGGAGUAUGACAUGUUCUGUCAGAAAGCCGUGACCCUGAUUGUUGACCUCUGCCUCCAGAACAAGCAGCUAUUGGACCAGGACACCUGCCAGGACUUCCUGUUUCUGCUGUCCAACCAGAACUCGGACCACAAAGAACCAGACGUCACUUUUGGCCUCCUCCUCGGUGUGUUUGUGGUGUGUGGCUUGGUCCUGCUGACUCUCUGUGCCUUCGCCUCCUGGAAGCUGUGCUGGGUGCCUUAUUUGCGGAAUAAAGAGGCAGCAGCCCUCUCCUCCAGCUCUGCAGCCCUCAACCCGGCCUGCGGUCCCCCAGACGACUGCCCCCCCUUCCACCUCCAUCUCCACCCUCCUCACCCCCUCCACCACCACCAGCGCAAGUUCCUCCCCAGCCCCAACCAGCAGAAGUCACCGGUCACUAUGGCUACGGAUAAGGUGAAAGACCCGAUGGGUUCCAUGGGAUUCCUGGAGGCUGCUGUGAAGAUAAGCCACACGUCGCCUGACAUCCCCGCCGAGGUGGAGCUCUCGAUGAGGGAGCACUUUUUGAGGCGCACGCAACGCAUGCAGCGGCAGGCCACUGAGCCCGCUUCCUCCACCAGGCACAGCUCAUUCAAAAGGCACCUGCCCAGGCAGAUGCAGUCGAUCAGCCUGGACCUGGGCAACGACUAUGCGGACGAGGACGAGCAGCCCACCAGCAUCGGACGCAUCAAACCAGAACUCUACAGACAGAAGACCUUGGACACAGACGAGUCCGCCAAGAACAGCAACGCCAAGAACUGUGGGAAGAUCAACUUCUCGCUGAAGUACGACUAUGAGAAUGAGGCCCUCCUGGUCAACAUCCUCAAGGCCUUCGACCUGCCCGCCAAGGACCUGUGUGGCAGCUCCGACCCCUACGUCAAAAUUUAUCUUCUCCCAGAUCGCAAGAAGUUUCAGACGCGCGUCCACCGGAAGACGCUCAACCCCACGUUUGACGAGUCCUUCCAGUUCCCCGUGCCUUAUGACGAGCUGGCCGUUAGGAAGCUCCACAUGAGUGUGUUUGACUUUGACAGGUUCUCCAGACAUGAUAUGAUCGGGGAGGUGGUGGUGGAUAACCUUGUUGAGACGUCAGACCUCUCCAGGGAGACAGACAUUUGGAGGGACAUUCAGUACGCCACAACUGAGAGUGUAGACUUGGGAGAGAUCAUGUUCUCACUAUGCUACCUGCCAACCGCAGGACGACUCACUCUCACUGUCAUCAAGUGCAGGAACCUCAAGGCCAUGGAUAUCACUGGAUACUCAGAUCCCUACGUCAAAGUGUCUCUUGUCUGUGACGGGAGGCGUUUGAAAAAGAAGAAGACGACCAUCAAGAAGAACACUCUGAACCCCACGUACAACGAGGCCAUCAUCUUCGACAUUCCCCCAGACAGCAUGGACCACGUCAGCCUGCACAUCUCAGUCAUGGACUAUGACUUGGUAGGUCACAAUGAGAUCAUUGGUGUGAAUCGUGUGGGGUGCAGUGCUGAGGGGCUUGGCAAGGGCCACUGGAACGAGAUGCUGGCGUACCCACGCAAGCCCAUUGCACACUGGCACCCCCUACUGGAGGCCAAGAAAUCAGAGAAAGAGUGGAAAACGCGGACGGCCAGUUUGGACAGCCAGGGUUCUUGCCCCUCCCCCAGGCCUCCUUCUAGCCCCUGAGCAGAACCACCUGUGACCCUAGUGAAACGGUCUCCUCUCUCUCCUUCUAAUCCCACAUCCUGUCUGGUCUGUCUGCCUGCACCUGAGGAGAAACAUAGCCCCACUCAGUCUCUCUCAGUCUUCACUCUCCCUCAAGUGUAGCAACAAAGUGCUCCCGUUCCCAAUAACUGAUCCUGGAUCAGCAUCUCUGUCAGUUGUUUUUGAAGUAACAAUGUUUUUUUUUGAAUUAAUAUGAAGUUUUGCAGUUAGGUUUACUGAUCUGGAGUCAAUCCCAGUACUUGGGGUGCUUUGGUUUGGUUUUAUCCUGAGCUUCUCUCAUCAAGUGAGUCCCCAAAGGGGGAGCUUGUUGUCUGAGUGGCACAACAGACUGCCGGAUCCGAGUGUAUCUAUCUAUGGGAGAGAGAGAGAGAGAAUACAUUUAACAUUUAAGUCAUUUCAUAGUGAGGAAGCCAGUCAGUGGUGAGUACAAGCUGUCACUUUAUAUUGGAUCAGCUGGUCAAAAUCUGUUGUUUUCCUAAAGAUAGGAAAUUAAAGACUGGAUUGACCUAAUGAAUAUCUAAAGCCCUCUGCACUUACUAUCUAUCUGCUAAUAUUGUGUGGCAGUAACAAAAACAUUGUGGCACUAUGAAAUGUGUAGUUCUUUUAACAAACAUUCAUUGUCAUAAUAACUAAGCCAAACAAGGCAAAAAAAAUACUAUUUCACAAUAGUAGCUAUGUUGUAUAUUUUCUCAAUGUAAACCAUGAUAUGUUCAGGAGUAAUGAGCAGAACUUAAAGUGAUGGUUUUGACCAGUCAAAUAGUGUUCAUCAAGUUUAUAGAGGGUCAUAUAAUGAACAAAUAUGUUCAACACACCAUAUAAGCACAUUGCAACAACAUUGGAGCAUAGCGCCUCCUGAGAGUCUUUCUACGGAAGGAAAAAUGGUUAAAUAGCACACAGACUCCGAACCACCCUUACCUCUCUCUCUUGUUUUUCUCCUUGUUAGUCUUGGUGCCCUUGCCUAUUCCAUCGGAGAGUGUAUUCUCAUUACUCCUGCUCCCAUAGUUUUCCUCUCUCAGCUGAACGUAUUGCACCUCUUCAACAUCUUCUUAUCGUAUUCUGUUCCCUGGGGUUGGUUUGAACUGUACAGCACAGUCCUCUCUCUGCCAAUGUAAAGUUUGUAUUUCCCACCAGAAUACAAAGUAGAUGUAAAACUAAUAUUGUUGUGUUGUGGCCUCCAGAAGCCUUCUCCAGAAGAGGAGAAUAUCACCCUCGGUGGACCAAUAAUCAACUAUUCAUUUUAUAUUUAUUCUCUAUCAUGAGGCACCAUGGAAACUUGAGUGGUUUAUAAUGGGCUGACUUUGAAUCUGCCCUUCAUACAAGGACCAGUUUAUUGGAUAUUGUUGAGGAGCUUGAUCUGAAUCCAAACAAAUGAUUUGCAUUAUUGAACCCUUUUCCCAAUGCUUCGACAAAAUCCAAUGAGUCAGCCUUUACAUGUAGGCAGUCAUGUAGCUACUUCUUCGAUUGUAUGUGAUACAUGUGUACUAUUGGAUCUAAUGGAUAGAUAUAUAAAAAGAUGAAAAUAAUCCUGAUUUGAUUAUGAUGGCUAUGUAAUAUUUAUAUUUCUUUCUACGUUGUGGUACUAUGAUGAGUGCAGUACAACCUAAUAUUUGAUGUCCUCUCAAUAGCCACAUUUGUAUCAAAUAAAACAAACUGAUUAGUGUUUAGUUUUUUGGUGCCAAACGUGCUUGUAGCAAAGGUAGACUAUAAUUUGCUCUGAAACAAAAAUUAGGAAAGUAAUGUCAAUCAUUAUCAAAUUCAUAUUUUCUUUCCAGUGAGACUUAUUAUUUUCUGUGCUAUGUAGUAAACGUAUUGUUUCAAAAAAAUACAGCAUGGAUUACAAAUGGUUUUUAAUAAUAAAAUGUGCAACUGAAAGUAGGUUACCAUUUGAGAGAGGUAUUUUAGUAAAAUCUUCAAUUUGAUUAGAAGGAUUCUUGUUUGUCCCAGUUGGGUUAUGUAAGAUGUACUACAAAUCAGGAAUCUUUAUCAAUGUUGUUUUAUGUUGACCAUGACAGUGUUUUGAUUAUUUAUUGGCAAGCACAUGUUCGAAAGCAGGUCUGCCUAUAAUGUGGGUAUCAGCAAAUGGGUGUUGUUUAUAGUACAUGAGGAGCAUUUCUGAGUAGCAUUCUUCUCUACGUUAAGCCCUUGAGUGCUUUAAACUGAAGCUUCUUUCUCCAUGCAUUCUGUCUACAGAACUUUGGCACUGAUCGAAUGGUAGUAGUUGUUUGUGAAUCAAAGAGGAAAUAGUAACUCAAUGAUAGUAAAUUCUAAAAGGGUCAUGACACUGUGGCUUCUGCCUGACCACAGCUGCAGAGCAGAAGCAUGUUUUAAGAUGGUAUACAGUGGGGAGAACAAGUAUUUGACACUGCCGAUUUUGCAGGUUUUCCUACUUACAAAGCAUG